AUGCCCGAGGAGGGUGGCUGCGUGGUAUUAGUUGACGAUGUCUACUCCGAAGCACCACUUCCAACACCUUCGUCGACGAAGCCUACACUCUCUUCCUCGUCUGCAUCUUCAUCAUCAUCCCCUCGACCCAAGUACACUCCGAAAUUCAACCAGAAAUGGCUUCUUUCGCCAUCUGAAGCCGUUAGUCGAUCACCUCGAUCGAGAUCGUCGUCGAAAUUCCAAGGAGUGUCCACCGCUUAUCAUCAGCUUGACACGUCGCCGUCUCAGAAGUCGCAAAAGUCUUUCAAGAGGGAUUCCUCCACUUCUUAUUCUACUUCUCCUUCCGAGGAUCCAUCGACGGAUCGGCCCGCCACUGGAUCAUCUUCAGGUUUAGCAGAAAGCGAAGCGCUCACUCAAAAAGAAGACCACCGCGACAGCCACAGCGUUCCUCGAAACGAAAACGACGGUCCACAGAUUCGUCCACAGAGUCUGAGUUCGUUUAGUUGUCCGCCAUCGGCCUGGAAGACUUUAUCUUCAGCUGUGGCGGCACUGCCGCCACAAAUGCCACCCCCGCCCAUGAUGCUUCCUAGCAGGUACGGCUACGACUAUGACUCCGUUACAAUGUCGCAGACCUAUCAUCCCGGAGGCGUCACGCACCGUCUCACGUUCCAGACGAGUCCGACGUUCGCGGGGGCCCCCACAAGUACAGCCCCAGUCCUCCCUUUGGAGAAACCCUCUUCAAAUUCUCCCGCCGCGGUUGGGGCCAGAAACGCUCCUCCUACCGUGUGCGAGCAGGCUGAAGGCCCGGAAUCGGAACAACAAGGAGCCAAUACAACUACGGACGGUAUGCCCGGCAAUUCAGCAGCUGGAACGCUCUACCAUUCGAGCGACUUGACCGAGCAUGCGUCUGGUACCCGUCCAGAUCGUCAAUCGAAACCCAUGGUGAAGAGAACAUUCAACCGCAUCUUUAAAAGUCGCACACGACGGCGGGAAAAGUAA